AAGAGUCACUGAUGUUAACUUUUGUUAUAGAAUCAAUCAUGAAAUUUUUUAUAAUAUUAUUUAUGCAAAUUGUACAGAUUUUUUCGGUUGAUAAAGGAAAUUUUAAAACUUGUGAGCAAAGCAGUUUUUGCAAGCGUAAUCGUCGAAUUCAACCAGGGGUUUCUCCCUUUGAAAUUCUUUCAGACGCUGUACAGUUUAAUGAUGGCAGUAUUAUAGCAAGAGUAUUAAAUUCAAACACUAACAUCACAUUCUUACUAACUAUCGAUACUUUAUAUGAAAGUACUGCUAGAAUUCGUGUAAAUGAAAUUGAUCCAAUUAGAUUCAGACAUGUAGUUUUUGAGACUUUAGUUAAAGAACCUUCACGUUUUAAAUACAGUUUGUUAAAUAAAAAUAAUGACGGAUUUAAAGUGAAGUUCGAGAAGAAUGUUAUAGUUGUUACUUAUAAACCCAUGAAAAUAGACUUUUAUGAUGACGCUGAUGUCUUAUUAGUUUCCUUCAAUAACAGAGGGUUGAUGAACUUUGAGCACUACAGAGUGAAACCAGGAACUGUAUCAGAAGCUUCAAAAUCAAAUGAAUCAAAUGAUCUCAACGAUCAAGAAGAAGGAGUUGAAAAGGAAGAAUCAGAGCAGGAGCAUGUUAAAGAUGUGAAGAUUGAAGAUGGUGAAUGGGAAGAGUCAUUUAAAGAGCACCGCGAUUCAAAGCCAUAUGGACCAAGCUCUGUUGGGAUGGAUGUUUCAUUUGUUGGCUUUGAACAUGUCUAUGGCAUACCAGAACAUGCUGAUUCGUUGGCUUUAAAAAACACAUCUCCUGGAGAUCCAUAUCGGUUAUACAAUUUGGAUGUAUUUGAAUAUGAUCUAUACAAUCCUAUGGCUUUAUAUGGGUCAAUUCCUUACAUGGUUGCUCAUAGCACACAUCGUACUGUCGGAUUAUUUUUUAACAAUGCAGCAGAAAUGUGGAUUGAUAUCAAAUCUUCAAAGUCUAUGUUAGGAUCUAUUAUAUCACUUUUUAAUUCUGGAGAUAUUCCUACAACAGAAACUCAUUGGUUUGCUGAGAGUGGAAUUAUUGAUAUGUUUGUAAUGUUGGGUCCAAAUCCACAUGAUGUUUCCAUGCAGUAUUCAACUCUAACUGGAACUCCAACACUACCACCUAUGUUUGCACUUGGUUACCAUCAAUGUCGUUGGAAUUAUAAUGAUGAAGAAGAUGUGAAGAAUGUUGAUGCAAAAUUUGAUGAGCAUGAUAUUCCAUAUGAUGUUAUUUGGCUUGAUAUAGAGCAUACAGAUAAUAAAAAGUACAUGACUUGGGAUGCUUCAAAGUUUCCUGACUCUAAAGCUAUGAUUAAUAAUAUUGCAUCAAAAGGUCGCAAAAUGGUCACCAUAAUUGAUCCACAUAUGAAGCGGGACUCAAGUUAUCAUGUGCAUAAUGAAGCAACUGUUAAACAGUUUUAUGUUAAAAAAAAUGAUGGAAGUGAUUAUGAUGGUUGGUGUUGGUCUGGAUCAUCAUCUUGGAUUGAUUACUUAAAUCCAGAAGCUCGCAGAUGGUGGGCUAGCCUUUUUCAAUUAGAUGUUUAUCAGGGCUCCACACUCAAUUUGUUUACCUGGAAUGAUAUGAAUGAGCCCUCAGUUUUUAAUGGUCCAGAAAUUACUAUGCACAAAGAUUUAGUACAUUAUGGAAAUUGGGAACAUCGUGAUGUUCACAAUUUGUAUGGAAUGUUGUUUCACAUGUCAUCAUUUGAAGGACAUUUAGUUCGCUCUAGUGGCAAAGAAAGACCAUUUAUCCUUUCUCGAGCAUUCUUUGCUGGCUCUCAAAGAUAUGGUGCUGUAUGGACAGGUGAUAAUGCUGCUCAAUGGUCACAUCUUAAAGCAUCUAUACCAAUGCUAUUAUCAAUGAAUGUAGCAGGUUUACCUUUCGUCGGAGCUGACAUUGGUGGGUUUUUUGGAAACCCUGAUGGUGAACUCUGUGUAAGAUGGUGGCAGGCUGCUGCAUUUACACCAUUUUUUCGAGGUCAUGCUCAUAUUGAUACAAGAAGGCGUGAACCUUGGUUAUUUGGUGAAGAAAAUACUAAGUUGAUCCGAGCUGCAAUUAGAAAACGAUACAGAAUACUUCCUUAUAUUUACACAGUCAUGCAUGAAAGUUAUGUUUCUGGAAAAGCUGUUAUGAGACCUUUGUGGAUGGAAUUUCCAAAAGAUCCAAAAACAUUCAAGUUAGAUGAUCAAUAUUUAUUUGGUAAAGAUCUCCUUGUAAAACCAGUCACUUCUUCAGGGGAAGAUGAGAUUAUAGUUUACUUUCCAGGUGGAGAAAAUCAGAUUUGGUAUGAUUUUGAUACAUUUGAAUCUUAUAAUGGUGGCAACAAUGAGCACAUUUUAACUCCCAUGACUAAAGUACCAGUGUUUAUUCGUGGUGGGUCAAUUAUACCCUUGAAAGAACGUGUACGAAGAGCAUCAUCUCUCAUGGUUAAUGAUCCAUUAACUCUAAUUAUUGCGCUCAACGAAAAGGGCGAUGCUGAAGGAGAAAUAUAUUUAGAUGAUGGCCAUUCUCUCGAUUAUAAAGAUGGGAAAUAUUUAUUAUCAGAAAUUAGUAUGAGCAGCGGAGGCAUUAUGAAAUGGGACAAGAAAAAUAACUAUUCAACUAAAUCAUGGGUAGAACGUAUUAUUGUGUUAGGAAUGAAAAAGAAGCCAGCAUAUUGUACUUCUAUGCUAGACAAUGAUAUAAAAAGCUUAACAUUUACAUACGACGAGAUUAAAAAUGUAUUAGUUAUAAAGAAGCCAUCACCUUACUUGGAUAAGAACUUUUCUGUUAUGAUUGGAUAUUAAAUAUAGAUAUUAGAAUUAGAUUGCUUUAAGUACCUUUUUUUAACUUUAAUCUUAUACCUUUAAAUAACUUUCGCAUUUCUAGUUCGUGUAAACUUCAUUUAUUUUUUUGUUUUGUUUUUUUUUUUGUACAACAACAACAAAAAAUUAGCAAUACGCUUGAAAUAUCUUUUUUUAUAUACUUUUUGCAUAAUUAUUUAUGACGUAGAAUUUGUGGCUUGAUCUCUGGAGUAUUUUAUUAUAUGCAAGCAACAUUUCAUACUUAAAAACUGUUUUUUGUUUUUUAUUUAAUUUAUUAAGGUUUUUUAACACGAAAAAUAAAAAAUUUUAAAUAUUAAAAUAAAAAUCUUAAAUGACGUAAAAUAGAUUUAAUUUAAAUGUCGGCUCAGCUCCAGUUAUGUCAACUAGCAUUAUUAUUUUAGCGUCAUAGUUAUAGCGUCAUUAUUCAUGUGUCAAAUUUAAUUUAUUUCCUUUCAAAAAAUUAAAUUACGCAAUAAAAUAGCUUUUUUCUUUCAAACAAAGAUGUUAAAUUAAAUCAUAUGCUAAAAUUUCAUUCUGUCGUGGAUUUGUUUAAAAAUUAAGUUUCUAAUUAUAAAAUAGAUAUAAUUAGUUAUUUGUUUUAAAAAGUGACGUCUCUAGUAUGGUGUUGUAGCAUAGCGUGGCAUUUAAUUGCUAUUUUAUCAAGGGAUUGUCAGCAUAUUUUGAAAAAUGGAGUUAUUUUCAAAAGAUUUACUCGAUGGAGCCUCUAUGAAAGAUAGUAUUACUUUUUCCAAAUACAGUUCAUUGAAAAAUGAUAUUCUGUCCAAUAAAUCAGUGGUGCGCCCUCUUCGUUCUGACGAUUAUCUCAAAGGUUUUGUGGAAUUGAUAUCUGAAAAUGGAGAAAAGGAGAGCGCUAAAAGAUUAUACGAUUCGAAAUUCUUGUUUCAAGAUUAUUAUUCUAUUUUAUCUGAAUGUAUGGGUAUGUACUAUGUCGUAGUAUUGGAAGAUUUACGCUUAAAAAAAAUUUUGGGAGCAGCUACGUUGACAGUAGAACAAAAGUUUAUUCACUCUGCAUCGAAGAGAGGUAGAAUUAUUGACGUAAAGGUAGACCAAGGACAUCAGCGAAUUGGAAUUGGUUCAUUAUUAUUAGAAGUUUUAACGCGAGUUAGUUACUGCAUUGGUUGCUACAAGACGACUAUUGUUUGUCCUAAUAGUUUGCAAGUGUUCUGCGAAAACGUGAAAUAUCAUGCUGAACCAAACCAAAAUCAUCUGCGAAAUUCAAAAUUUCCUUGUAUGGAAAAUCUUGUUGCUUCCCUUCCUAGUUCAAAAAUUUGAAUCAAAUCUUUAUAAUUGUCAGAUUACAAUGAGCAGUUUCUUCUACAUUUUUGACAAUUGAGGUAAUAAUGGCGAUAAAACGAAAACAAAGCUACAGCUGUAUUGUUGUAGUAUUUAGAUCAUUUAAAAAAUUAAUUUUAUCUUUCGGGCCGCUAAUUCAUUUUUACUAAAUUAAGAGUUUUAAAAAUAGUGUCACUCAUAAAUAAGUGCGCUCGUUAGACAAGUCAGUUAGGUUUUGGAUAUCUUCAAUUUUGGUGCAAAUAUGUCUAAUCGCAGAAAUACAACCUAAAAAUUAAUAUUUUUUUUGUUUGAAAAUAGUGUUUUUGUUCGAAAUUUAUUUAUUCGUUUUGGAUUUAAAUACUGUUCGAAAUUUAUUUAUUUUGGGUAAAACUGUAUGCAGGACACCCUAUUAAUAACACGCCAACUUUUAACGAAGUUAAUAUUUUGCCUAGUAGUUUAACUGGCAGUCCUGUUUUAUAAAUAUUGUAAUUUAGCUUUGAAAGAAUUUAUUAUCAGUUUGUAAAA